AUGACAUACGACCUAUCCUACUACCUUUCCAUCUACUAUUUCUGUUUCUUGUUCUCUAUUGUACCCUCCCUCUAUUAUGCAGUCCUCGCAAUCUUGUACUCGCAAAAGUAUCCAUCCACCAUGAGUUACGUACACGAAGAAGCCAUAUAUCGUGGUCCCCACAGCGACAUUUUGAGAGCCAGAGAUUCAAAUGGCAAAGCUGUGGCACUUAAGAUUGUGGAUAUUGAUCUUUGUUUCAAACCACAUGACAUUGAGCACGAAAUAGCACUUGUGAAAAAGUUAUCGCAUCCAAAUGUUCUUCUUUAUUUGGAUCUGUAUCGUUCUGGGGAAGACCGUGUGCUUGUCACGCCGUUGUACCAGUUCGACUUAAACCAAUUGAUUAGUCAUUAUGCCAGAAAGCAAACAAAAUUCGAUUUGAAUACCGGUCCUUCAACGGUGCACAAAAAUGAACUUCCAUUGAAUUUGGCAAAGUCAAUCAUUUUGGGUAUUACAAAAGCCCUUGAGUAUGUUCAUGCCAACAAGAUCAUCCACCGAGAUGUGAAACCAGCCAACAUCUACUUUUCUUCUCCAGAAAGCGAACCUAUACUUGGUGACUUUGGCAUCUCGUACGAGACAGGAUACUCGGACGAACCCGAACACGAAAAAUACCUCGAUAUUUGUUCUGGAAGUUACAAGCCGCCAGAGGUUUGCUUCGGUGUAUCCAAUUACAGCUACGAAGUCGAUAUGUGGUCUUUAGGCAUAUUGUUCACUGCUCUCUAUUCUGCCGAUGGUCUGCCGCCAAUAAAACUGGGAGACUCCGAUAUUGUAUUGAUCAAUUCUAUGUUUAAAGCCUUGGGCACACCGUCCCUAGACCCAAAACAUUCUCGAUAUUGGCCGGUAAUGAAUAACGAUCGAUACCAUUUCAAGUCUUUUCGGUUCGAAAGUUACGACUCGCUACCCAUUGAAAAAUUGCUUCCGCGAUGCAAUGAUCCCAUCAUAAAAACUGCAUUUCAAUCGGUGGCGGUGUACGAGCCGACAAAACGUCUUCUGGCUGCAAAAUUAUUAGCAUGGCUUAACCGGAACUAA